CGGCCAUGGCGGAGGCGGAGGCUGGCGGCGACGACGACGCCCGCUGCGUGCGGCUGAGCGCCGAGCGGGCCCGGGCGCUGCUGGCCGGCGUGGACACGCUGCUGUUCGACUGCGACGGCGUGCUAUGGCGCGGCGAGACGGCCGUGCCCGGCGCGCCUGAGGCGGUGAGCGCGCUGCGGGCCCGCGGCAAGCGCCUGGGCUUUAUCACCAACAACAGCAGCAAGACCCGCGCGGCCUACGCCGAGAAGCUGCGGCGCUUGGGCUUCGGCGGCCCGACGGCCCCCGGUGCGGGGCCCGAGGUCUUCGGCACGGCCUACUGCACGGCAGUCUACCUGCGCCAGCGCCUGGCGGGCGCGCCGGCCCCCAAGGCCUACGUGCUGGGCGGCCCGGCGCUGGCCGCCGAGCUGCGGGCCGCGGGCGUCGCCAGCGUGGGCGUGGGGCCCGAGCCGCUGCAGGGUGACGGCCCCGGCGACUGGCUGGACGCGCCGCUCGAGCCCGACGUGCGCGCCGUGGUGGUGGGCUUCGAUCCGCACUUCAGCUACAUGAAGCUCACCAAGGCCGUGCGCUACCUGCAGCGGCCGGGCUGCCUGCUCGUGGGCACCAAUAUGGACAACCGGCUGCCGCUCGAGAAUGGCCGCUUCACCGCGGGCACCGGCUGUCUGGUCCGCGCCGUGGAGAUGGCCGCCCAGCGCCAGGCCGACAUCAUCGGGAAGCCCAGCCGCUUCAUCUUCGACUGCGUGUCCCGGGAGUACGGCCUCGACCCCGAGCGCACAGUCAUGGUGGGAGACCGCCUGGACACGGACAUCCUCCUGGGUGCCACCUGCGGCCUGAAGACCGUGCUGACCCUCACCGGGGUCUCCACUCUGGGGGACGUGAGGAGUAACCAGGAAAGCGACUGCGAGGUUAAGAAGAAGAUGGUCCCUGACUUCUAUGUCGACAGCAUAGCAGACCUUUUGCCCGCCCUUCAAGGUUAAAGACCUAGUGUCUUUAAUCUCCAGAAUAAAAAAACAAAACAAAACAAAUUUGAAGAUCAGUUACCCAAAUUAGUAAGUGGGACUUUAGCAUCCGCUCAGCUAGUGGUUUCAGAGAGUGUAAUUGGAGUUAAGCAAAGGCGUUAGUUGCUAACCUUGUAAGUAAACGUUUGGGGGGCGAUUUUGUUUACAGUUGCUUAUGUUUUAAGAUGCACUUUUAAGCCUAGAGGGCAUUUGGGGGGGGGUCCUGGGCCUGGGAUGCUGCCAGCAAGGGCUGGCUCAGCAUCUGUCCAGGAUUCAGGUAACCUCAGGGCCUGCUGCUGAUGGGACUAAGGUGGGUGUAGGGCUGUAUGUUGUUUCACUGAAAAAUUCAUUCAGGGAUCAAGCCCCCCUGAAGGGCAGAGGAGGAGAGCGGCUGAUUAGGGUGACUUUGGUGAGGAGCUUGUGCAUACCACACCAGGGCCUCAGUGGUCGUCAGCGCACAGUCUGCUGCAGCCUCGCAGCUCUCCUGCAGGCUAGGAGCAGGGGGCUGCUCCUGGUGGCAUUUCCCUGUCCUUGGGUGUGGCAUGCUGCCCUUGCCACUCCCUCUCCGCACUUCCUCCAAAACCACUCUGAUGUCUCAAUUGAGUGUCUGUUCCGUUUCAGAUACCCAGGGCUGCCACUUCUCAUACACAUUUGCCCAGUUGUGUAAACUCAGCCCAGCUAAACCUCUGGGCUGAGUUUAAACCCAGGUGACUUGGACUGGUGGCGUAUUGGUGGCCUAGCCACCAAGAGGGCGUGGAUGCCUUCACUGAACUCUGGGCUGCUGUGCAGGGGGGUCAGAGCAGCGUUGGUGCCAAAAGUUAUUUUUUUUAAAACUUGUGAACAACUUUGUUAGGUGUUGGAAUUGAAUCUUAAGUGUUUUGAUUAAUAGCUGUGCUCUGCGUCAUAGGGAAAAUCCCACUGAAGAAGUCUCCGUGCCUACAGCUAGCAGCAUGGCUAAAGGCAUGUGCUGGCCAAGGGAAUGCCUGUUGCCCAGGGCACCCUCUGGGAGGUGGAGGAAAGAAGUGUCCCAAGAACAGGAGGUCCUUUACAAAACAUCCAGUCUCUUCCUGUCCUCAUCUCCUGGUGUGGUGGGGUUCGAUGCCAAUGGCCAUGAAGCCACCCACCUUGGCCCCUGGAUUCCCUUGUCAAUGGCCAGCAGGGGGAUUGGUGAGGUCCACCAGCCAGCCAAGGGUUCCUGGCAGGGGCUCUGGCCUUUUCUGCCUGGUUCCUAAGUCUGCUGACCUUUAACAGGCCAGAUAAGCAGACUGUCAGCAGCACUUGCAGGGCAGAGCCUGGGAAGCUGUUCCUUUUGGCCGACUCCUUCCCUGUGCCUGCCCUGCACCCAGUGCUUCUCUCCCAGCCCGGGUCACAGCGCUCCUCUGCUUGUUCACUGAGAGUUCUCAGAGCAAUAAAGGGGUCCUGAGCCUCAGCUCCUCUCAGGCCUGGGGUGUCUGGGGUUUGGACUGCUGCAGGCCAACACGAGUGCAGCCGCGCCUGUGAGGUUGGUGGUGCUGACGUUGGCUCUGCGAGGUCGGCUCAAGGUGGGUCUGGAAAUUGAGCGGGCCUGUCAGGGCGUUGUCACCCACACCAGGAGCACACAGCAGGUGCGGCAGCCAUUGAUGCCUCCUUCUCCUGCCGACCCACCGCCCUGGAGCCUGUGUGUACCCCGUCCCCAGCCUGCAAGGGGUCGUUACACUGUGUAAACCCGAAUGCACAUUAAACUCUCAAAUCUGUGCUGA